AUGGGUGAUGAGCCGAAUUCUCGUCUGUGGACUGUUGCUUCCGGGACCUUUCUAGCAGCUUUUGCCAGCACUUGUCUGACGGGUCUCUACGCGACAUUUCGCUCCCAACCUUAUGCGCGUCUCGCAACUGCUGCUGCAUUUAAUAGCACAGUAACUGCGGCCACGUUCUUUAGCAUUCGGGAAUACCUGGUCAUUCCCGCUCGACAACAAAUUCAAGACUCCCCACCGAGUCCAUCCGAGCUCUCUUGGACUGACCUCCGCACUCACCACUUGGUGGAUAGCGGCAUAAGCGGGGUGGUCACUGGCGGACUGAUACGAGGGCUGACUGCUGGGCGGCGUGUUGUUCUACCUGCUGCGCUUACCGUCGGUGCGGUCUCCCUGGUCCUGCAAGGCGCGUACAAUGAAUUACACGUUCAACGAAUCAAAUAUAUCGGGAAUGCUUCGAGGCAGCCAACAGUCGUGCCCGUUGUCGUGGAGCCAGACAAGCGGCCACUCAGACAGAGAAUGUUGGAAGCAGUGGGAAUACGGACGCUGUCGAAUGAGGAGAUACUCGACAAACUUAAACAGGAGCGCGAGCGACAUCUGGCCAGGAUAGCUGAAUUAGAGGCGGAGUUGAAGACAGAAAAGUAA